GGCGCCGUGUCCGCGCUCCGCCGGGACAGGUGCAGCCGCAGGGAAGAUUCUCCCGUCGCCGUGCCCAUCUGGGGGGUGGGGUGGAGGGUGUUUCCUUGACGGAUUUCCGUGAACCCCCCCUCCCGGCGGAGCGGAGACCAUGGCCCCUCAGGGCUCCCCGGCCCCGCUGGAAUUCGGGGGACCCCUGGGCGCCGCGGCGCUGAUGCUGCUGCUCCCGGCCACCAUGUUCCACCUGCUGCUGGCGGCCCGCUCCGGCCCGGCGCGCCUGCUGGGCCUGCCCGCGCCCCCGCCGGCCCCCGGGGCGCUGUGGAGCCCGGCGGCGCCGCUGCUGUGGCUCUCCUGGCUCGGCCUGCAGGCGGCCUUCUACCUGCUGCCGGCGCGCAAGGUGGCCGAGGGCCAGGAAUUGAAGGACAAGAGCCGCCUGCGCUACCCCAUUAACGGCUUCCAGGCGCUGGUGCUGACAGCCCUGUUGGUGGGCCUGGGGGUGUGUGCCGGGCUGCCCCUGGGCAUGCUCACGGACAUGCUCCUGCCCUUGGCCGCGGUGGCCACCCUCGCCGCCUUCCUCUUCAGCCUCCUCCUGUACCUGAAGGCGCUGCUGGCCCCGGCCUCCGCCCUGGCACCUGGCGGGAACUCAGGCAACCCCAUUUACGACUUCUUCUUGGGACGGGAGCUCAACCCGCGCCUCGGCUCCUUGGACUGCAAAUACUUCUGCGAGCUGCGGCCCGGCCUCAUCGGCUGGGUCCUCAUCAACCUGGCUCUGCUGGUACAGGAAGCAGAACUCCGGGGCAGCCCCUCCCUGGCCAUGUGGCUGGUCAAUGGCUUCCAGUUACUCUAUGUGGGCGAUGCCCUCUGGCACGAGGAAGCGAUACUCACCACCAUGGACAUCACACACGACGGGUUUGGCUUCAUGCUGGCCUUUGGGGACCUCGCCUGGGUACCCUUCACCUACAGCCUGCAGGCCCAGUUCCUGCUGUACCACCCACAGCCCCUGGAGCUGCCUGUGGCCUCCGUCAUCUGCCUUAUCAAUGCUGUCGGUUACUACAUCUUCCGUGGAGCCAAUUCCCAGAAAAACACCUUCCGGAAGAAUCCUUCUGACCCCCGAGUGGCCGGCCUUGAAACCAUCUCCACAGCCACGGGGAGGCAGCUGUUAGUGUCUGGGUGGUGGGGUAUGGUCCGCCAUCCCAACUAUCUCGGAGACCUCAUCAUGGCUCUGGCCUGGUCGCUGCCCUGCGGCGUGUCCCACCUGCUGCCCUACUUCUACCUCCUCUACUUCACCGCGCUGCUGGUGCACAGGGAGGCCCGGGACGAGCAGCAGUGCCUGCGCAAGUAUGGCCUGGCCUGGCGUGAAUACUGCCGGCGUGUGCCCUACCGAAUUGUGCCCUACGUCUACUGAAGUGGGUGGAGCCCAGCGUGCCCACCGGUGGCCAGCACACCCUGUGGCAGGAGCCCCGGCACGUCUAGGACUCAUGCACUCCCUCCCGCCGAGCCCCAACAGGCGGGUGACAGCUCAGAGCGCUGGCUGGGAGUCGGGAGAACACGAAGGCAGCACCCAAACACGGAGCGGAGAGGUGCUCUUACUUCUUGGAUAAACAUCUGGAACCUCGGGUACCGCUUCUCUCCCUUCCUGGGACAGGGUGUUUACAUGUUGGCUGGGUCAGCCCUGAUUGGGGAGAAGCUGAGAGGUUUGUGGGCCCAAGAAUCGGGGAGUGGGGGUGGGGGUGGGGACAACAGCUGCCUCUCAGAAACGGGCACUCCCAGCAGGCCGGACCAUUCACAGGUUUAUUGGUGCCAGGAGUCCACCCUUCAGCCAGGGAGCUCCUCAAUGAGAGUCCGGGGGGCAGGUGGUAGGGGGCCUCCCCAGAGCCGCUCCAGCUCCCCAGUGAGAGCCGCCACCUCUCCCGCCGCCACCGUGUGCGCUCGGUGGGCCCAGGCACAGUCCAGAGCCAGCGCCGGGAGGGCCCCCUCAUGUUCGUUGGUCCACGCCAUCAGGAAUCGGCACUUCUUGCGGGCCCGGUAGAGGCGGGCCCGCACUUCAGCAGCCUCGGCCUGUCUCCGGGCCCGGCCCAGGGUCUGCACCAGGUGCCCCAGCGCCGCCAGCGUGUAGCCCUUCUGGUCAGCAGGGCCCUCGCCCAGCAGGAUGCGGGCGGCCUCGCGCAUGGCACCCCGCGUGCCCAGGGGCCCGGGCGGGUGCUCGCCCGCUUCCAGCACGUGAGCGGCGGCCAGCAGGGCCUCCUCGGCGGAGGCGAAGACUUGCUGGGCGCCCAGGGCCCCCGAAACGGCGAGCAGCGUGGCACAGAAGUCGGGGAGCAGCGCCUCCUCGCCGCCGUGGUACAGGGCCAGCGUGUGCGCGUAGGCGAACAGCACGUUGGGCAGCUGGAAGCGCACGAGCGGCGAGACCCUGCCGCGGCUCAGGCUGCCCAGCGCGGGGAUCCGGGCGGGCACCGCGGGCGCGCAGGCCCCCGGGGCGUCUCCAGGAACCGCCUCCUCGGCGGCCGGGGACUCCGGGGCCGCGGCUUCCUUCCCGGGUUCCGGCGGCGCCUUCGCAGGGUCGGGCUCUGGCUCCGCGGCCUCACCACCCGGGGCAUCGUCCAGCUCCUGCAGAAGUCGUGGCCCGGCCCCGCUGCGCCACCACCACGGCCGCCAGGGGGGCAGCAGCCGCCCGGCCUCGCCACGGCUCAGCAGCUGCUCGAAGGCCGCCUGCUCGGCCGGGGCCAGCCGCUCCCAGAGGCCUGCGAGGCCGCCGGGCGCCGGGCCGGGCCUGAGGCCUACGUCCUGCGGCUCGUCCUCGGUCUCGCGUUGCUGACGCAGCCGGCGGAGGGCGCUGGCGAGGCGGCUGGGCGAGGCGCUGCGGCCGCGGAGCUCUCCCAGCACCUGGUCCCGGUAGAAGUCUUCGGCGCAGGGGCCGUGCGCCCGGUAGCAGCGCAGCGAGCAGUAGGGCACGUUACAGCGGGGGCAGGUGUAGCGCGCCGGCCGGGCCUCGGCGGCCGGGCAGAAAGCGCAGGGCCCGGCCGGCUCCAUGGCAACUGGCGCCGCGUGCCGCCCGCGAACGCAGAGGCCGCAGCUCGGCAACUUCCGGCGCUCCUCGGCAACUUCCGCCUCUUUGUGGGGCCCAGCGGGCGCCCAGUGAAAGCUCCCGAAGACUCUCGGGAACUUCCGCCCGCACUCGGAACCCAAGCCCCGCCCUCACGUCGCGGUCGGGCCGGCGCAGGAGGCGGCGGUGAGGCCCGAGCCGCCCGCGGAGCGCGAGGUGGGAGGCGGCACCGGCCCCAGCGCGACUGCCGGGCGCUGCCACGCGCGGGGGCAGGAGUAGGUCUUUGCCAACACCGCCUCUGGGCCAUUAAUUGUGCGGGUCCCUGCGCCGUAGGGACAGCCAUUAUACUAGAGGACAAAGGGGAGAGAGCGGAAAGGCCAAGGUGGGGCACCUCCCCCGGACUGGGUGUGUGUUGGCGGCCUGUUCCCUCUUCAAAACAGCAACGUUGAACAAA